AAAGCAAAUAUGUUAUAUAUUAUAUCCGAUUAAACAACAUCUUGUAACAAAAAUGGAGGUGAGUGUGGUCAGGAAUGUAAUAAUGGAAUAUCAAUAGUAAUAAACAGGGGAUUAAGAGUUCCGUCAGGUUCAGUAAAUUAGAAUAAUUCAACACUUAUUAUUUUUAUGUUCCAAUAAGUGUAGUGCAUUUGUUAAUCUUCUUUUACACGUGUCUACGUAAACCGGAAAGAAAGAUAUGAUUACGAAACAACUGAGUAUAAAAUUAAGCACGAUGAGAGUCAGAAAACCGAAAACAGAAUUGAACAAUAAUCAUGUUUCAAAUGGAACAGUUAAACAGGUUAAAAAAGAAAAGAAGAAAACAAAUCAAAAUAACCAGCAGAUGUUAGUUAAUGUUUUAUUAGGAUUUCUAGGAAUUAUAUUUGCAUGUGGAGUGUUUCUAUUUAUAACAAGAGACCUCGUUCCCGAAUAUGAAAGGAAUCCUUUUGAAAGAACUAAAAAAGAGGCUCCAGUUGAAAAUAAAAGAAGUGAUGAUGCUUCGAGUAGAACUGUUAAUAAGAAAAGUACUCAUCAACAAAGAAAUGAUGAUGUUUCGGGUCAAACUAUUGAUGAGGAAAGUAAUCACCAAGAAAAAGAUUCAAUGACGGAACAUAGUAUGAUGGACGAAAUACUUAGUCAAAACCCACACAAGACAGUAGAUGAACAGGAGAAAUUGUCGUCCAAUCAUUGGAGAGAAGCUGACACACGUGUCGUGGCUAAAUAUGAUUCGACAAUUUGUAAUAUAGAAAAACGGAAAAUAGAAGACCUCUCAAGUGAAGAAUUUGAAAAGGUAUACAGAUAUAAAAAGCCGGUCAUUGUUACUUUUCCAAAUGGAGCUGAUGACUGGGCAGACGCAGAUAAAUGGACUGUGUCCAACCUGAAAAAGGAGUAUGGUGAUUUUAGAAUAUAUUCCGGUAAUGCGCGGGAGAUUGUUCGCAGAGGAGGAAAUGGAGAAGUAGGGUCGUCCUUCUCUGAAUUUGUGGAUAAGUUAAUACAACAAGAAGAUGAAACAGGAGAACCAUUGUAUGUGUUUGACAGAAAUUUCUACAAUUCCUCCACACUGCCGGAAACCUUGAGGCCUCCAAGUAUCUUUAAAAUUCAGAAUGGAAUCGAUGACAGCAUAUUCUUUUUGGGAGCUUCCAGAAGUGGAGUGUCAUUCCAUAAACAUGCAGAUUCUUGGAAUGGUGUAUUGUAUGGCAGGAAAAGAUGGUUUCUAUAUCCUAUAGAUCAUACACCACCAGGAGGUGUGUUUACUGGAUAUACAAUGUUAGAAUGGUUUGACAUGGUUUAUCCAAAGAUAAAAGCCGAAGAAGAUAAACCUAUAGAAUGCGUACAAGCCGCAGGAGAAAUACUUUAUCUUCCUGAAGGAUUUUACCACGGAACAAUCAAUAUUGGAGAUACAGUUGCUAUUGGAAUACAGAAAAAGGAGAGCACUUUAGGAAUACAAAAAUUGUUCUACGAAGAUCGUUAUUUAGGGGAAAUGCUGGCAAAAAGUAAAACCUCUGAAGAGAGAACAGAAUGGUCCAGAAAAUUUAUAGAAUUAUAUACAACAAUACUAGAGUUGUUGCCGGAAAGCACUGAAGUUAUGCAAAAUAUCGCAGAAUUAUUACCUAAUGUAGACAGAAAGAGGGCUAGUCUAGAUAUGGUAAACAAAGUAUUAAAGAAAGAUCCAUAUUUUCUGAUGGCUAUUCUACAUAAAGUUGAAUUAUUGAUGGAUAUGAAUGAAGCAUACAAGGCAGAAGAAUUGCUUCAGGAGGCAUUACAAUUGAACCCAGAACUAUUUGAUACACGUGUCAUGUAUGGGCGUUUACUUUACGAUACAGGCAGACCCGAAGAGGCAGUUUUUCAUUUCAGAAAGGCCACAGAGCUUCGACCAAAUAACAUACACUUCUGGAAUUAUUUAAAGAAUGCACAGAUAGCCAGUGAUGAUGAUAGAGGAGCUGAAGAAUCAGAUGAAAUUAUAUCAUAUUUGAAAAGCUUUGAAGAAUAGAAUUAAUUUUGAUAAAUAAUUUAAACCAUUUACCUAAUGUUUUUAAAUGAGCUUUAUCCAUUUUGUUCGGCCUUUUCCUGACUUUUUGUUAGUUCUAUACUUACAAAAGGUAAUGGGAAUCAAGAUCAGAGGGAAAUGUGUAAAAUGUUAGUUUCUGCAUACAAGCAAAGUCCAAUUCAAUAAUUUAUUCAUUUUCAAUAUUAAAACAAAUGAAAAUAUGUAUGUUUUUAUCGAAAUAACGGCACUCAUACCCCAUCUUCCUAAGUGUGCUAUUUUCAACAAUUAAGACCAAUAUUGAGAAUACUUGGAAAAUAAAUAAUAAAGUACUUUCUUACAUCAAUAGUUUGAAAAUAGUUUUAUCUUAUUAUUUUUUUUUGCAAGGAUGGAUAAUCCCUGGAGUCAGAAUAACAAAGCAAUCUCCAAAUAAUGUAACUAAUAAAGCAACAGUAGUUUACCGCUGUUCAAAAGUCAAUUGAGAGGGGGGAAAACGGAAUAAAAACUUAAACCGAGGGAAACACAUCAACCAUAAGAGAACAAUAGAAAAACAGAAACAAUGAAGUGCAACAAAAAUAAAUACCAUCAUACAUUAAAACAGGACCAUUUGAUAACAACUGCUAUAUUCCUGACUUGGAACAGGACAUUUUAAGGAAAAUUUAAUAUAAUUUUUGUUUAAAUAACUGGCAACUAA